AUGAAAUAUGAAAUGCAUCAUGAUAUGUUAGAACUAAUUUGGUAAGAUGACAGUCACACAAUUGCCGAAUUCUAUUCAGAGUCUGAGUACAAUAACAAGAAAAGAUGCAGACAUGAUAAAGUAUUGAGUGUGCAGUAGUGGCACACUGCUAGUGUUCUACUGCACGACACAGGUGUGAAGAGAUAUCGCAGAGUACCUGAGCGAGGCAAAGUGCAUUACCUUAAGAUGUCGAUGGUCGGAGCUGUUCUCUCCCGAAGAAAGGGACAGAGGAGUGAAAGAGGCAAGACUUGGAGGAAAGGUUGACCUGAGAAAACGUCAGACUCGAGACAAACAGCCUUGCGUAAAUAGUUGAGGAGUUUAGGUAUUGAAUAAAGGGGGAACGAGACGUCGUAGCGGAAUUUGACGACUUCUAUUGACUUUGGGAAAGGUCCAAGGUGGAUAUCUGUGGCGGAGAGACCAGCUGUGAGUUCAUAAACCCUUGACUGACACAGACACUGAGACACAGCCCUGGGGGCUGUCAGUGUCUGAGUUUCCACGGAGCGUAGCAGUGUGUCGGCGUGUGUGUCUCCCGUCCACCUCCAUCCUCUCCACCCCGUGACUGGAGCAAGUGUGUGUGAGUGAGAGCCAGCCCGCGCGUGUGUGUGUGCGCGUCAAGAGCGGCCGUCUGCUUCACCUGCCGCGGCUGAAACCUCAGGGAGUUCCCCAGGGCUCGGCUGGCGCGGUGGGAUGCUGCGACCCGGGCGACCCGUCUGCCACCUCCCCCGGUUACUGUCGCCGCCGCUGCUGCUGCUGUGUCGUCUGCUGGUGCUGGCCUCUCUGCUGAGCGUCUCGGAGGCGAACGUGUUGGACACCAUGCUGUUGAGGAGCUCUGGGAAGGUGAAGACAGACCUGGGGAAGGAGGAUAGCGGGAGCCCAGUACCCAUAGUCCCCGAGAGGGUCCUGUGGUGCCACUGCUACCACCACUGUCCAGAGGACGCCGUCAACAACACCUGCAGGACUGAUGGGUACUGCUUCACCAUGGUGGAGGAGGAGGAUGGAGGUCCACCUGUUCACACAUCAGGCUGUCUGGGGCUGGUGGGGUCUGAGUUCCAGUGCAGGGAUACAGGGAAUGCUCGUCUAAGGAGGAUUCUGGAAUGUUGCACAGAUCAGGACUACUGCAACAGAGACCUCCACCCUACACUACCUCCUCUUAACACAUCUGGGUAUGUGGACAGCAGCGUCCACUACAUGGCUCUGCUCAUCUCCAUCACAGCGUGCUGCUUUAUCCUCGUUCUCAUCUUGGUCUUCUGUUAUUUCAGGUACAGACGUCAGGUGUCGAGGCCGCGCUACAGCAUUGGUCUGGAGCAGGACGACACCUUCAUCCCUCCCGGGGACUCCCUGAGGGACCUGAUCGACCAGUCCCAGAGCUCAGGCAGUGGCUCAGGACUCCCCCUACUGGUCCAGCGCACCAUUGCCAAGCAGAUCCAGAUGGUGAAGCAGAUCGGGAAGGGCCGGUAUGGCGAGGUGUGGAUGGGCCGCUGGAGGGGUGAGCGCGUGGCCGUCAAGGUCUUCUUCACCACCGAGGAGGCCAGCUGGUUCAGAGAGACCGAGAUCUACCAGACGGUACUGAUGAGGCAUGACAACAUACUGGGCUUCAUCGCCGCAGACAUCAAGGGCACGGGCUCGUGGACGCAGCUGUACCUGAUCACCGACUACCACGAGAACGGCUCGCUCUACGACUACCUGAAGUCCACCACGCUGGACACCAAGUCCCUGCUGCGGCUGGCCUACUCCUCCGUGUCAGGCCUGUGCCACCUGCACACCGAGAUCUUCGGCACGCAGGGCAAGCCGGCCAUCGCCCACCGUGACCUCAAGAGCAAGAACAUCCUGGUGAAGAAGAACGGCACCUGCUGCAUCGCCGACCUGGGGCUCGCCGUCAAAUUCAUCAGCGACACGAAUGAGGUGGACAUCCCACCCAACACGCGGGUCGGCACCAAGCGCUACAUGGCCCCCGAGGUUCUGGACGAGAGCCUGAACCGCAACCACUUCCAGUCCUACAUCAUGGCCGACAUGUACAGCUUCGGCCUGAUCCUCUGGGAGAUGGUGCGGAGAUGUGUGUCAGGAGGUAUAGUUGAGGAGUACCAGUUGCCCUAUCAUGAUCAGGUUCCUUGUGACCCGUCCUAUGAGGACAUGAGGGAGGUGGUGUGCAUCAAGAGACAGAGACCCUCAUUUGCCAACCGCUGGAGCAGUGAUGAGUGUCUGAGGCAAAUGGGAAAGCUGAUGAUGGAGAGCUGGGCCCAUAACCCCGCCUCCCGCCUCACCGCCCUCCGCGUCAAGAAGACGCUGGCCAAGAUGUCAGAGUCGCAGGACAUUAAGCUCUGAGAAUCCCCAGGUUUGAGGCCUGGGGAAAGGUUGGGAUGGGAGGCAGACCCCUCAAAGAGAGUUGAAGGGUGCUCUUUGACCCCCAGCACCCUUAAAUCUGUGUCUCCUGACUCCUAUGUGUCCAAAGAUGAAGAGGAGGCAGAAGAGAACAGCCUGUGAAGAUAGUGAGGCGGCAGCCAUUGCUUUCCGUGAAAGCUCCCAAGACUGACAUGACCCCAUUUAGGUGUGUCCCUAUGGCAGGACAGCACCCUCUAGUGGUGUGGAAGACUCCCUCCAAUGCCUCCACAAAGCCAAACUCCAGAGACAAAUGAAGGGUGGAGAGGCAGCUCUUGUAGUCAUGGAAAGCCAUAUAUUUGCUCUACUGGGCAUUGUAGUAUUCCGUCCACAAUGCUGGGAUUCUGGACAUAAGCGACAGAGUGUGUUUUGUGUGAAAGCACAGCGAAUGAAGUAUUUCACGCUGUGGGGAAAACACCACUGCAUUAAUGUAAGCUUUUGGACUCAAUAUGCUACAUGGUACAACCACAGUAUACAGUGACUGGGAUGUUCAAAAAGUGUCAUGAUGUUGGCAUUGGGUCUUUUUAUUUAAAUUAUGAUGUCAGAGAAACAAGGAAUUACAGGUCUUAAUAGAAACGCAUUGCAUAAAUGCAGCCAUCACACGAUCUGAUAUCUCUCACUGAAUUUAGUUGGCACUUCCAGCAGCAUCAGUAUUACCCAGAGUGCUCUUCUGUGGCGAGUGCGGCACUCGGGGCAUCUCCUGGCACUCAGGCAGGCCCACCCACCCCCGAGUGGAUCUGACCCUGGGUCUUGGCCAGCUCAGGGUUGGUUCCGGUCCAAAGUCAGCAGCUCUUUGGGUGGUAUGACUUUGACAUGAAUAUCCUUGCAUCCAUCCACAUGAAUGUAAAUAUCAGUCUGACUUGUACACAUAGAAAAAAAGGAUUGAAAAGGAAGCAAAAUAAGUGUUUUCUUGUGUGAAGCUUUUUUUGUACAGGAUUUUUUUGCCAAUCCAUCCAGUUUGGCCUGUGCCUUAUUUAACGCUUAGUCAAUGUACGUGUAACUAUGUCUGUGUAACAUGUGACUAUAAAAAGGACGAUGCUCCAGAAGGUUCUAUGCAUCAGGGUCCUUAAUAAAAUAUGUUGACCUCA